GGAACGGUAAUUGGAGACCGUGCGUGGAAGUGAGUACACAGGUGCCGUUUUGCGCCAAUAAUGGGACUUGCUUGGAAAUGGCAGCGUCAGUGUUGCCAACUAGAGAUUUCAGAGCAUCUGCGGACUCACAGAAUCGUCACAUGUUCAGUAAUGGGAAAAAUAAUGAUGGGGUCAUCAGAUCGUGUCUUUGUCCCCCGGGUUUCGGCGGGACUCGUUGUCAAGAUCAAGGAAAAAUGGUGGUGAUUGACGUGGAUUGUGGAGAGACGGAAAUAGUGGCAGAAGACGGAAUCAUCAUAGAAUUCGCAGCCCUCGGCGUUCUUCCGGGUUAUCCACCACCAGACACGUGUCCGUCUAGGUUCACAGACCGGAAACCCGGUGGGGUUCAUCAAUUGCAGGACGAACCCGGCAAGGGGUUCAGCAAGACCGGGUUCGGACCCUCUCGGGGUUUGCUGGGCAAUUUCAACGACACGGACGGACGGAAUUUCUCGGGUUCUUGCUACUCGGAAAGUACAUUGGCUUUACUUCGGUUCGUGCCAGGGAAAAACAAAGUGUGAUGUCAACUUCAAUAGCCUGACAAUUAUGCAUGACAGUCCACCUUAUUUCUGUCCCCCUGAAGCAAUGGGC